AUUUUGCGAAAAGCCGACAUUGUUGUGUAGAUCGUCUCGUCGUGAGUCGCCGUCUUUCGUUUUAGUGGAGUUUUCCCCAAAAACCGGCGUGUUCUCAGUGAUCAAAAGGUGCCGAAAAUAUCGAAAAAGUGUGACGAAACGUUCGGGGAACCAGUGUUUGAUAUUUUUAGUGCGUAAAUUAGUGUCGAGGGGGGCAUUUUUGUUAAAAUCCGAACAAGAAACGCUCGACACGCACACACUUCGGGAAAAGGGUUGACAGCAGCAGUAGCGAAGAAAGAACGCCAUCCACAUUUUUUACGACUAGCAAACACCUUCAAGUUCUCCGAUACGGCUGGUGAUGGAAGUGGAUGAAAGCCCGGAAGUGACCGCUGGUGCGCCAGAGGUGGCCACCAACGAAGAUGACAAACCGACGACAACGGUCGAUGCUGCCGCUCCCAAAGACGAAGUGUCACCAACAGCAUCGGCGGAAGAAGAGCAGCCUGCUGUUGAAGGUGGAGGGGCACUUCGUUCGAUCCUGUCCGACGAGGAACUUGCUACCAUUCCGGCCGAAACGACGAAAAAAAUUGAGGGUCAUUACGAGCAAAAACUGGAGGAGUUUCUAACGGCCAAAGCCCUCUGCGAAACGGCAAAGACCAAUGUUGAGCAACUCAAAGUAGAAUACGAAAAACAAAUCGAGGAGCUCACAUUAAAGUAUCAGGAUGAAUCGUCGAAGUACCAUUUCUCCCAGCAGAGCAUCAAGGAGCUUCGUCUUGAGCUGGAGGAUUGCAAACAGGAGAUGAGCCAGGCCAGGGAUAAAGUGAAGCAAAACGAUGCUGACACUGCACGGUUCCGCCGCGAGCGCAACGAAGCUGUUAACGAACGGGACACCCUGCUGAACGCUGUUGAGCGUAAAACGUUGGAAGUAGAGCGACUGCAAGCCGAUGUAAUGGCACUGGAGCACAAGCUGAAAUCUGCCAACGUGACCAAGUGCGAAGCAUUGGCCAAACUCGAGGAAAUCCAGAGCAAGGAAUUUUCGCUCGAUUUCAAGGAAAAACGAAUGGACAAGGAGCUUUCGAUGCGCGACAACCAGAUCUGCAAGCUCACCGAAGAUUUGAAUCGAGCCUUGCAGGAUCUGCAAAACGUCCGUCGGGAUCAAAACUUCAAGGCGCUGACGACGGAUACUAAGCUCACGGAAAAGACUGAAGAACUGAAAAUUGUCACGGCUCAAAUCGCACAUUUGAACGAACAAAACCAAGAACUGACCACACGGGCUGAGGAUCUGGCCAGUAAACUUUUGCAGCAAAGCGAAGAAACACGCAAAAUGAUGGAUCACUACCGCAAGGAAUUGCAGUCCCAGACGAAACUUUGCGAACUGUACCAAGAGGAUUGUGAGGACAACAAGAAACAGACCGAAGAGCUAGGUGCAGCCGUUUCUGAAUUGAAAAAGUUACUAAACGAAGCAAGCGAUUCAUAUGGAAAGCUGGAAACGCAACAGAAGACUUUGAACUUGAAGCAUGAAAAGGAGCUUGAGACAAAGAACCAGGCCAUCCAGCAGUUGAAGGAUGAAUUGAAGCAUGCCAAUGAGCUGCUUAAACUGGCCAGGGAGGAGAACUUGGAACACGCGGUGGAAAAGUUGGCUCCGACUGCUGCCGCUACGAGUCGCCUGAUCAAGUCCGGUAUGACUUUAACGGAGCUGUACACAAUGUACGUCAAGACGGCUGAGGAUUUACAGGUUGAGAAAAAAGAAAACAGUAAACUCCAACUGCAAAUCAAAAACAUCGUUCAAGAAUUGGAGGAACGAGCACCGGAGCUUACCCGCCAGCAGAACGAGUAUCAGAACCUUAAGGAUGCCAACGAGGAAAUGAGUCUACAGCUGAACAAACUAAUUGAGGAGAACGCCGACGUGCGGUCGGAGUUGGUAUCGAUGCAGGAUAAGGUGCGCUACCUAGACAGUGAGAACAAGAAAUUCAAACUGGAACGGGGAGAUCUAAGCCGGCAGAUUUGUCAUUUGCUGCGCGAGAUCGAACAAAUGCGAGGAGGAUAUACCUCUGAAGCGGACCAAUCUAUUUCAUCGGACAUGAGCGCCAAUGAAGUGAUUACAAAGAAGUUGGUAACAUUCAGUGACAUACAGGAGCUGCAGGAGAAUAACGUCAAACUGCUUCUGGUAGUGAGAGACUUCAGUGCCAAGCUGGAAGAGUUGGAAGUCGCUCAGAACGCUAUGAGCCAGGCUACAUUCGAGGCAAAGAUCGCUUCCUAUAACAAACGACUACAUGAGAUGCAGGAGACGCAAGAGUACCAGACUCAAAUGAUGCAGCAGUGUAUUCAGCAGAGAGAUCGUUACAAGAAAAUGUAUCACGAUGCAAUGCGUAGUUAUAAUGCUGUGGGAGGCAAGGGCACAUUAGGGGCGAGUCUGAAUGGAUCCCUCUCGGGUGAAAAUGCGGAUGUAGCUAUGGAUGAAGAAAUUCCAAGCGGAUCCACUGUUAGUGCGAUUUCCAGCGAAGCAGUCGUAGAAAAAGAAAAGAAGAUCGCCGAAUUGGAGACAAAGGUCAAAGAGAAUCAGAAACAGCUGGCCUCUUUGAAGGAAGAAUACGACAAUUAUCGUAAGGAAAAACUAACUAACGACAAGAUGAUGAACGAACAGUUCGAUUCCAUGCGAACGGAACUUCGAGAGCUUUCCUCUAAGAACAUCCAACUUGUAGCCACCGUUGAGUAUAACAACGAACAAAUAAAGAUUCAGCAGAAGAACGUAGCUACCUACAAGAAGCAAAUCACUACCCUGGAAGAGCGCAAUAAAAACUACGAGACAACAAUUUCCAAGCAGGAAGCCACAAUCAUGUAUCUUAAGGAUGAAACUAUGAGUGCACAGUCGAAGCUGGCCCGUGCCGAAGUUCAAGUUGAGAACCUGAAGCACGAAUGUCGCAUCCUCAAGGACGCUGAAUCACGACUGCAGACUGAACGGGAGAUUCUCAACCGAGAACGACAAAACCAGAACCUUCUACUGAACAAUCUGGAAAUGAUUAAGGUUACCAUGGAACGCUCCGAAGCUGAGGGUCGCAUUCGCCUAGAAACACGAUUGGAUGAAACAGCCCGGGAAUGCUCAGCCUUGCGACGUCGCCUCCAGGAAGAGCAAGAUCGUUUCCGAGAGCUCACAACUCACCUUGAAAGACAAAUGCAAACCGCCAAACAGCGAAUGGAAGAGGAAAUGGCUAUCGCUGAAACGGUGCAGGCAGAACUGAAGAACACUCGUGACGAGCUGGAAAUCAAGUCUCGCAAAAUUGACGAUCUGAGCAAGAAACUUCAGGAAACCCUAUCUCCUAACGAUGAGGACAAUCCGGUUACGCAAGCUUUCAAGAAAAUCCGUGAGCUCGAGAAAAAGCUGAGCGAAAAUGAGAUCGAGUUCGAGUCACUACGGAAAGAACUCGCCACCGCCAAGGAACAUGUCAAACAGUAUUGCAACAUGUCCGAGUCUUCAGAAAAAGAGCUCAAAGAUCUCAACGAACUGUACACCACUUACAAAACGCAGACUGAAGCCGAGUUGGGUACUCUGAAAAAGAGUGAUACCGAGUUGAAGGCUCAAGUCGAAGAGCUCAAAACGGAAAUUUCCCUCAAGAAAACUGGCGAACAGCUAACCACUUCCACUGAUACCGAAUCCGAACUGCACAAGGUUCAAGUUGAACUAAAGCAAUCUUUGGAGAAGAUCACCGAAAACAACAAAGAGCUUCGCGAACUGCGCGAGAAGAACAACUCCCUGCUGGAGCAGGUACAAGUUGCAGAACAGAAAUACGCCAAUGAGAUGGUUCAACACUCGAACGACAUCCAGCAGCUCUCCGUCCUCAAGGAAGAAGUUCAGAAGACUAAGCUCCAGUUCGACGAGCUUAAGCUUGCCCGUGACCAGGCCAUUGAACGGUUCAGCACCAGCGAAGAAUGUUGGAAGAAUCGUGAGGAAAUGAUGAAGAAGGAAAUUGAACAGCUGGAGGAACGUCUUUCGGAUUUGAACUCGCAGAAUGCCGCUUUGCAUGAUCAAAUUCAAAGUCUCAGCACUAAGCUUUCUAUUACGGCGGUGCAAGCCAUGGAGCAGAAAUCGGCGGACGAAUCCAUGAACAACGAAAGCGCAAUGGAUGACAGUUCGGUGCUGAAUAAGUCCAUCUCGGAUGAAGAGAAACGUUCCGUCGAUCAGCUGCUGCAGAUCAUAAAGUAUCUUCGCAAGGAAAAGGACAUCGCGGUUGCCAAGUUCGACAUCCUUCGAUCGGAGAAUGUGCGAGUGCAGUCGGAACUGAUGAUGUUCCAGAAGAAGCUUGAAGAAUCGCAGGCUGAGCUGGCAACGGAACGCGAGAAAUCCGAAACUGGGGUAGUAACUGCCGCUAAACACGAAGAUAUUUUGAGGAAACUUGAAACUUUCAACGCUAUUACGGAUAGCAAUCGAGUGCUGCGAGAGGAACGCGACAGUUUGAAUAAGAGAAUCAGGGACCUGUCUGAACGUUUACUGAAGGCAGAGGAUGAAUUGUUCCCGCUACAAGAGAAGGUCCGUGAAUUGAGUGUCAAAAUUGAAUCCGCUACUAGCGAAAAUUCGACAUUGCGUUUGGAGGCAACAAGAUGGCGUCAGCGAGCGAAUCUCUUAGUGGAACGUUCAAACAAGACCAGUCCGGAAGACUGGAAACGUUUGCAGACCGAGCGAGAAAAUUUGGCAAAAAUGCUCACCCAGGAGAAAGAACUUCUGAAGAAGUCCAACGAAGAAUUAAAUUCAAUCCGGGUAGAGAAGAGCAAAUUAGAUGUGGAAAUCUCCAAUUUAUCCAAGCAGCUAACGAGUUCGACAGAGCAGAACAAGAAAUACGCCGAUGAGUUAGACGUACUGCGCCAAGCUGGAGCAAAGAUGACCACAGAGAUAGGCGAGGUGAAGACAUCGUUGACGAAACGUGACGAAGACUUGAAAAAAUUGACGGAUGAGCUCGCCAGCAAAGAGGAACAGUUGACGGAUGCCAAGAGCAAGGAAACACAAAUCCGAAAGAUCGCCAAACGUUACAAGGAUUCAUAUAUCGAGCUCAAGAAACAGGUUGAUGAGAAGGAUGGCGAAGGAGCUAAGCCAACGGAAGGCGGAACAGGAGAAAAUAACGGGGAAGGCAACAGUGGUGAACAACAAGAGAAGCCCACCGAGAAUAACUCCACGGAACUCAAAGAAGAAAAUGACACCCUUAAAAAGGAAAACGAACUACUUAAGAGUAAACUUGAGAAGGCUGAGCGUAAUCAAGAAAUUCUGAAGGAUGUUAAACAUCGUAUUCUCAGCCUAACGGAAUCGAAGAACACCAUGACCCGUGAGCUCACAAACGCUAAAACACAGAUCCAGUCGUUGGAGCAUGUCCGUGAUGAAAACGAAUUAUUGAAAUCGCAGUACGAGGGACGAAUUUCGAGAAUCACGAAGGAGCAUAUCGAUCAGGAUAAGGAAAAAUCGGAUUCCAUUGCUCGUUUGACGCGUGAGAACGAACAGCUCACCAUUCGAUUGAAUCAAUUGACCCGUCAAUUGGGAUUGCAACAGGGCGCUAAGCCAUCCACCAGUGCUCCUGGAUCAUCAGAGAAAACUUCUACGGAAAGUCCUCGCACUGCGAAUGUGAAGCCGAUUCCUGGUCCAAGCGCACAACAAUCUGCUACAGUCACGCCCCGCCGUGGAAGUGAAACUCCGUUGGCUAGUAUUCGUCCAAUGUCGGUUCAAGCAAGCAGCAGAACUGCUGCUGUUCUUCCUACAAGCCAAACAUCCAAUAAUGUCGCCAUUGUGCAGGGUUCAUCCUCUUCGUCUUCCUCCUCAAACACUGGAAGCGUGACGGCUCUAGUUCCACCGCAACAGCAAGUUCAUACCACCGGAGGCAACAAUAACUCUAAUGAAUCAAUGUCCUCAUCGCCAACCAGCUCCCACACGGACUACAUGCCGGCCACCAGUUCGGCAAAUGUGGCCGUGGCAGCUGUUCCUCCGAUGGGCACCGCAUCCACAUCUUCCUCGACUGCCGAAAGCAGCUCGUCGCAGCAGCAGGAAAACGAAAGCAUUCCAGCCCAGCAACCGAAUGAACCUGGUCCGUCACAGGUCCAUGUUUCCGCCGGUCAACCAUCUCAGGCGGUGGCACUCGUCUCACCGCAUAUCGAAGGGGCACCUCAAAAUAGUGGAGUUGUUGCCCAGUCCGCUCAAUCAUCUCCACAGAUACAGGUUCCGCCUCCACAAGAACAGCAGAAUCCAGCACCCAGCACCAGUGGAACAUCGUCGAAUGCUCAACCAAUUUCCCUCAGUAGCCACCAUCAGGCGUCAACUUCCAGCAACACUGUGACUACUUCGCAGGCUGCCGCAGGCCACAAGCGUCCCAGGGAUGUUGAAGGAGACAGUUCAACUGACAACGUGGAACAACCGGGUGAAAAAUCGGCUCCGGUUAACAAGCGCACCCGAAUGCAGGGUGGGGAAGCUUUUCAAAAAUCACAGGGCGUCACCGAAUCCGGAGUAGAUGUAGAAUAUCAGGUGCCGACUUCGUCGCAGCGAGAUCAGGAAGAUGACAUAAUUGUGGUCGAUUCCGAAGAAGAAGGUAUGGCGGAUGAGGGAACGGCCGACGAAGGUACCGCAGAAGCGGAUGAUGGGCCGUUCGAAGGUUAUGAAGCGGAAGAGGCAUACGAACAGGACGAACCAGAAAUGGCUGGCAAUUAUGACGAAGGCGAAGGUCCCGAUAUCGAUGAAGACAACGUUCAGUCGGCUAACAAUGAAGUCGACGUAGAGGACGAAAAUGAGGUUCCAAAUCAGUCUGGUACAUCGUCGUCGACAACCGGUGCCCAGGUGGCUCCGGAUGCAGAAACUUGCAGCACCAGUGUGGGACAAAGUAGUAAUGCCGGUCCGUCCACAUCUUCGGACGGUCAAGCUAAGGAAAGUAGCAGCCAGCAGAGUCUUAACGAAGAGCAACAAAUUCAAAGCAUUAGCAGUGGCAGUGGUGAGCCGUCGUCGGGGCCGUCAACAGCACCAUCUCCCUCCUCUUCGGCUGGUCCGAGUUCAGCUAGCGCCGCUACUGCGGCAGCCGCAUCCACGUCUUCGGCGACCACUACGUCCUCCUCCGCAGGUUCUUCGGCAACGGCAUCCAGCGUGGGAUCUCCUUCUCAAAGUCGGCGGCAGGUAAACCCCUUGGCUCGGCAGCAACAACAGCAGCUACUGCUUAUGCAACAGACCUACGAAGAGAGUGCUGAUGAUCGUAUCGUACCCAGUACGCCGACCCUCUACGUUCCACGACGAACCGAUGGUUUCAGUGAUGCUGUAUCAUCGCCACACCCACAAGUACCGAAUGCACGGUUUACCUUUUCGGAAACGGGUCGCUCCAGCGCUGUGAUAGAAACCCAUCAAAUGCUACCGGUCGGUAUCGACGACACCCGUAUGGAUCUAUCGCAGCUGGACGAAUCCGGUGCAACAAGCGGUGCUACCGGUCGUAGCGUUCCAAACACUCCACUCCAGACGUCACCGAGCGAACACGAACGAGCUGUUAUUCACGGAGAAGCGGCAGUUCCCUCGAACAGUAGCAAUGAAGCGGAACAGGCUGGAGAACAACUGGCGCCAUCAGGCAGUGCCUCGUCCAUUGCUACCAACGAAGACGUCGGGCAGCAGGAAGCUACAGAGGGUCCUUCUGGUGUAAGCAGCGAAGGAGAAAGUCAGGUUCCUGAAGUGACGGUCUCUGCUGCGGAAGAUGACGAUGACUAUGAUAUCACUGAAUCAACAACGGUAGAAAGGACUGAUAAUGAUCAGGCGGCCUCGACUUCUGAGGCCACCGCUGCACACUCCGGCGAAGCCAUGGACGAUGAUGAUUUGGAGAUGGACAUCGAGGGAGAAAACCGGGAUAGAAGUACGGAUACUGGCACGCAUGAAGAAUCAGCGGACAGUGUCACUUCAGAUGGCGAAAAACCUGGGACGUCAUCUACCUCAACUCCGAUGGAUGAAGGAAGUGAGGCAGAGGUUUUGCCAACACCAAGCACACGCGGUCGUGGUCGGGGUCGCGGUCGUCGUUUUGGGGUGCGCGGUAGCAUUCCAAGAUAUACAGGUUUGAAUGAAGGACGAUCUCUAAACCGUUCUGGCCCAGGAGUGGUCCCAAUGCACCAGCAGCGUUCACCGAUGGGAAGUCCCAACAGAGCAUUCCAGCAUCAUAUUUCCCCGCACCGUCAGCACGGACAGUCCUACGCGCAACAACAGAUUAGUCCACCGAUGCGUCGUAAUACAAGAUCCAAUCGGGCGAAUCGUCGCUCAACACCAAAUUAUCGUCCUUGAGCCGAACAGAAUUAGAGUUCGUUACAAACCAGAUCCUCGUUUGAGAGAUACUUACAGAUAGAUGCCAAGUAAGUUGCACAUUUUUUUCAAUUUUUUCGUUCGUUGUACAAAGCUACAUUGGUAGACAUUCAUUUUUGAAAGGACAACUCGAUAAAUUUAGAGUAAUUACUCUAAUCGUUAAAAGAGUAACAAACAAUCUUAUGGGAUGUGAUUAAAAUAAAUUAAAUGAAUUCUGAGGUUA